AAGGCCGUCCUCGCCGAUCAGGCCACAGAACUGCUCCCGUCUGGUUUUUUGCUGUGUGCGCGUGCAAGGGUAAAGGUCGGAGCGUGAUGAUCUCACGCUCCACGCGAUGAUCUCAUUCGUGCCCCCGUGCACAGUGUGCAUGAUCUCCUCGUCCGUCUUCCGCCGUCCGAGGAACUCAUAGUGCGGAGUUCGUAGUGUCAGUACGCUUCGUAGGACAUACGCACCGAAACACGCGAGGACUCGGGAAACCAGACGCGCAAGCAUCUCAGGCCCGCCUCUGCCCUUCCCCAAGGCCGUCCCUAUCCCGCCCAGUGUUUGCGCGGUGUUAGUUGGCCCGGCGGUCUCCGGCGCAGAGAGGCUGGGCUUGUGGCCCCUGCAGCUCCGGAGGUCGCCUUGGGCUGAGAGCGCGGGCCGGCAGAGGCAAUGCUGGGCAAGGAUUAUAUGCUGGCCAUCAUUCUGGUCAACUGUGAUGAUGACUUGUGGGGGGACCAAAAUCUGGAGGGGGAAACAGGCCUACCCCCUGGCUGGAGAAAGAUCCGUGAUGCUGCAGGAACUUAUUAUUGGCACGUACCCAGCGGUAGCACUCAGUGGCAGCGCCCAACCUGGGAGCUAGCAGGUGCAGAGGACCCAGGAAGGGGAACAGAGGGGAUUUGGGAACUGCGACCCCCCAAGGGGAGAUCUUUCUCCAGCCUGGACAGUUCAUUGAACCGGAGUAACUCUCUAACAUGGUAUAGUGAAGAUUCCUAUGUCCGGAGCCUGGAGCCAGGAGCUAAGUGCUUUGCAGUCCGCUCUCUGGGCUGGGUAGAGGUCCCCGAGGAGGACCUAGCACCAGGGAAGAGCAGUAUUGCUGUCAAUAACUGUAUCCAGCAGCUGGCCCAGACCCGAAACCGGAGCCAGCCUCAUGAUGGUGCCUGGGGUGAGGGCCAGAAUAUGCUGAUGAUCCUGAAAAAAGAUGCCAUGAGCCUGCUGAAUCCCCUGGACCACAGUCUGAUCCAUUGUCAGCCUCUGGUUCACAUCCGUGUAUGGGGUGUGGGCAGUUCCAAGGGCCGUGACAGUUUUAUUUUUGCUUCUGCCAGGGACUUUGCUUUUGUUGCGGGUGACAAAGACAGCUGUAUGCUCAAAUGUCAUGUGUUUCGUUGUGAUGUGCCCGCAAAGGCCAUAGCAAGUGCUCUACAGGGGCUCUGUGCACAGAUCUUGUCAGAGAGGGUAGGAGUCAGUGGAGAAGCUGCUUGCUGUUCCCCAGAUCCUAUUUCCCCUGAAGACUUACCAAGGCAAGUGGAGUUGCUGGAUGCAGUGAGCCAGGCUGCUCAGAAAUAUGAGGCACUAUACAUGGGGAUCCUACCAGUCACCAAAGCCAUGGGUAUGGAUGUGCUGAAUGAGGCCAUUGGUACUCUCACUGCUCGGGGGGAUCGGAAAACCUGGGUCCCUGCUAUGCUCAGUGUGUCUGACUCUCUGAUGACUGCACAUUCUAUUCAGGCAGAGGCUGGUGCCGAGGAAGAACCACUGUGGCAGUGCCCUGUUCGUCUUGUAACCUUUAUUGGUGUUGGCCGUGAUCCGCAUACCUUUGGCCUCAUCGCUGAUCUUGGUUGUCAGAGCUUCCAGUGUGCAGCUUUCUGGUGCCAGCCUCAUGCUGGGGGACUCUCUGAAGCUGUGCAAGCUGCCUGCAUGGUUCAGUACCAGAAGUGUCUAGUGGCCUCAGCAGCUCGGGGUAAGGCCUGGGGUGCUCAGGCCCGCGCUCGCCUGCGGCUCAAGCGGACCAGCUCCAUGGACUCUCCAGGCAGCCCUCUUCCUCCCCCUCUACUCAAAGGAGGGGUUGGGGGUGCUGGAGCAGCUCCUCGAAAGCGGGGUGUCUUCUCAUUUCUUGAUGCCUUCAGGCUUAAACCUUCUCUUCUCCAUAGUUGAUCUUGAGGGCUAGGGAAAGAGGCUCUUCCAGUCCCUAGGGUUCUAUAGCCUCUCACCUUCCUGCCCAUCCCUGAUCCUUGCCUCCUCUGCACUUAUUACCAAGUUCGUGGUUUAUAUGGAUGACUGAGAGGCCCUGCACUGUAACUUAGGCCUGUGGCACCCCUUUCCUUGGGCCCUUUGGUUCCUUGCCGCUGUCCAGCCCUGGACAAUUGGCUCUACCUCAGCAACUUUAUAGCAGAAUCAUUGCAAAUAAAAAUCCCUCAGUGACCUCACUA